AUGGUUCCACUCAGGCCCCCAUGCCGGUGGGUCGGGGUGCCCCUCGUCCCGCUGCGGCUCGCUCGUACCCUCGUCCUGCUGCGGCUCGCUCGUACCCUCGUCCUGCUGCGGCUCGCUCGUACCCUCGUCCUGCUGCGGCUCGCUCGUACCCUCGUCCCGCUGCGGCUCGCUCGUACCCUCGUCCCGCUCGUACCCUCGUCCUGCCGCGGCUCGCUCGUACCCUCGUCCUGCCGCGGCUCGCUCGUAACCUCGUCCUCCUGCGGCUCGCUCGUAACCUUGUCCUGCUGCGGCUCGCUCGUACCUUCGUCCUGCUGCGGCUCGCUCGUACCCUCGUCCUGCUGCGGCUCACUCGUACCUCUGCUGCGGCUCGCUCGUACCCUCGUCCCGCUGCGGCUCGCUCGUACCCUCGUCCUCCUGCAGCUCGCUCGUACCCUCGUCCUGCUGCGGCUCGCUUGUACCCUCGUCCUGCUGCUGCGGCUCGCUCGUACCCUCGUCCCACUGCGGCUCGCUCGUACCCUCGUCCUCCUGCAGCUCGCUCGUACCCUCGUCCCGCUGCAUCUCGCUUGUACCCUCGUCCUGCUGCUGCGGCUCGCUCGUACCCUCGUCCUGCUGCGGCUCGCUCGUACCCUCGUCCCGCUGCGGCUCGCUCGUACCCUCGUCCCGCUGCGGCUCGCUCGUACCCUCGUCCCGCUGCGGCUCGCUCGUACCCUCGUCCUGCUGCGGCUCGCUCGUACCCUCGUCCUGCUGUGGCUCGCUCGUACCCUCGUCCUGCUGCGGCUCGCUCGUACCCUCGUCCUGCUGCUGCGGCUCGCUCGUACCCUCAAUCAUAAAGGAAGACCCAAAAGACACUGGUGUGAUGAUUGCAAGCAAGUGUUCACCACUUCAUCAAACCUGAAGAUACAUAAGAAAACUCACACUGGUGAUAAACCGUACAGCUGUGAUCAGUGUGGAGCGGUUUUUGCCCAAAAAGGUAACUUAAAGCAACACCAACGUAUUCACACUGGAGACAAGCCUUACAGAUGUGAUCAGUGUGGAGCGGCUUUUGCCGAGCAAGGUGCUUUAAGGAGACACCAACGUAUUCACACUGGAGACAAGCCUUGCAGAUGUGAUCAGUGUGGAGUGGCUUUUGUCCGACAAGAUCAUCUAAAGCAACACCAACGUAUUCACACUGGAGACGAGCCUUACAGAUGUGAUCAGUGUGGAGCGGCUUUUGCCCAAAAAGGUGCUUUAAGGAGUCACCAACGUAUUCACACUGGAGAAAAGCCUUACAGAUGUGAUCAGUGUGGAGCGACUUUUGCCCAGCAAGGUGAUUUAAGGACUCACCAACGUAUUCACACUGGAGAAAAGCCUUACAGAUGUGAUCAGUGUGGAGCGACUUUUGCCCAUCAAGGUACUUUAACGAGUCACCAACGUAUUCACGCUGGAGAAAAGCCUUACAGAUGUGAUCAGUGUGGAGCGACUUUUACCACAUCAAGUAAUCUAAGAGUCCACCAACGUAUUCACACUGGAGACAAGCCUUACAGAUGUGAUCAGUGUGGAGCAGCUUUUGCCCAGCAAGGUGCUUUAACGAGUCACCAACGUAUUCACACUGUAGACAAGCCUUACAGAUGUGAUCAGUGUGGAGUGAUUUUUGCCCGACAAGAUAGCCUAAAGCGACACCAACGUAUUCACACUGGAGAAAAGCCUUACAGAUGUGAUCAGUGUGGAGCGACUUUUACCACAUCAAGUAAUCUAAGGAGUCACCAACGUAUUCACACUGGAGAAAAGCCUUACAGAUGUUAUCAAUGUGGAGCAGCUUUUGCCCAGCAAGGUGCUUUAAGGAGUCACCAACGUAUUCACACUGGAUAAAAGGUGUACAUUUGUGAUCAGUGCUGAUCUCAUUUAUUUUGAGAGUUCAGUUAAA